CUCUUUGAGCAUUUGAAGAUGAAGCCAGGGAGAUCUCAAGUGUUCGGCGUCACUUUUGUGGCACUCGCAUUGAUCAUCGCCUCUCGUGGAGAGAGCAUUCAAAAAAGAAGUCUUUGGUUCCGAGCCCAGACGUUCGAAGGCGAACCAUUUGCAACAUCCCAGGAAUGUGAAUGCCACUUCAAGCAUGUUCCUCCCAAGGAUCGCCAGGAUUUCAUCGAAGGCGACGAUCAAUGGAUUGGGCAUGUAUUUAAGGAGGAGGAACCAGGAACCAUUCUGGAGUUCUGCCAUGCGACGCUAUUGUGGAACAAGCGCUAUGCCGAUAGCCAUGUGGUGGUUGGGUGGAUGAUCAAGACAUUUGUCGUCAAUGACCGAAAGAAGUUGGAUGAUUACGCGGGGAAAGCCGAUCCAAAAGAGACUCAAAUGAGUUCGACUAGAACGAGUAACGACGAAAAAAACAGUGUCAAAAUGGAACAAGUGGAUCCAGAUGAAAUGACAACGAUCUCCAAUGAAACAAUCGGUGAUUUAACCGAGAGGGCAACGGAAACAAUCGAUCUCAAAACUGAAACCAACGACCAAAAAAUGGAUGUGAAAGAGAAAGAACCUGAAGCUGUUCCAGCUGAAAGGAGCCCAGAGAGUAAUGAUAUCACUGCCCUUGGACCUAAUUUCCCUACUCUUAGGAGUGAAGAGGUCGGGCAAGAAAGCGACAAACUUCAAAAUUCUGAAGACAAUGAAAACCAAGGGUCCUCCCAGGCCAAAGACAUGGAUGAUAUUGCUGCCCACGAAAUAAACGUUGAUCCAGAUGCAUCCGAGUUCCCCACAACUAGCGCCCUUAACAUGGGUACAGUUCCAAUCGAUGGAGAUGACCAUCGAAACUCGUCCCAAAAGAAAAUGGCAACCAUUGAGGAACCAAAUUUAAUCAUUACUCAAACUGAGCCUGACGAUUCCAAACCAGCCGUUUCAUAUGAAGAAAACAGCGAAAUAAUACCCCAGAUUCACGUGGAUCAAGUUGAAUUAACAGCACCAAUCCCUGAGGAACUCCUAAACGGUCCCCAACUUAAUAAGAAUGGGGAUGUCGUUGAGGACAAUGAAGGUCUACCCGAAAAACCCACAGUUAAAGGGCCUUUCUCUGGUAAUCCAUGAAAAUGUUACUGUGACGCCGAUCGUUCAAGAGACGGAAGUCGAAACCAUUGUUACACCAACUAUGUAAUCAAAGUAGCUGUCACCAUUGGUUCGACUGAAGAAGAUACCAUUCCAGCUGAUCGAGUCAUUUGGCAGUGAAAUCUCAGAGCCUGAGAUCGUUUAGCAAGAAUUGCAAAUCUCACUUUUUGGACAUAUAUUUUGAGAUCCCAAUCAGUUUGCCCACUAGUGACUAGUAACUUCCAGCCCAGAGCUAUAAAUAUUUUGCAUCGUAUUUCUAACUUGCUCCACUUUUUCCUCCCCUCUAAUUCCUCUUUCACCCAAUAUUUAUGUACAUACACUAAAGAAAGAUGAACGCGUUGCCUCGACAAGCCAUGGUGUUUCCUGGAAAUUGAAUGCAAUUCCAGACAAUCUCCGUUUGGCUUUGAGAUGUUAUCAUAUUUGCAUCCUCAAUUUUCGGGCAGUGCACUCAAAAAUGAUCGCAAUGAUCGCACUGCAAGAGCGCACACAGCUUUCUCUUUCAACUAUCCUUUCCUGCAAUCACUCGCCAGAUGCAUUGACUAAAGUGUGUUGUUCAAGGGUUGGAGGAUUGGUCCAAUAAAAAGAACUGCAAGGCAACUAACUCUCCCCUCAUAUUUUAGUCCUCUUUACUUACCUCCCAGUCACUAGAAGAUUAGUGGUGCAUCAAGUUUCCCUGCAAGGAUUG